UCGCGUCGUUUAAUUACAGAAAACUCCAAACCGCUGUCCGUGCCCUUUUCUGUCAUUAACAAUUUUUUCCCCCUUUCGAUCUCGACCUCGUCCCUCCCGAUUUGAUCCGGAUCCCUUCCCCUUCUCCACAAAUCAAGGUCCGAUUCUUUCGAUUCUCGCUCUCCUCUAUCGAUCCAUACCUUUUUCAGGCUCGGCCGCGUCUUGAUCGUGUUUCGAAGGUUUCGAGGUUUCGAUCUGUGAUGGCGAGCUCGGAUCUGUGACGGUCUUGUCGGAAAGUUAUGGUCUUGGCGUCGCGCUUGGUUUCUCUGGUUUUGCGCGCCUCGAUUUUGUAAAGAAUCGGCUUUGACUUUUCUAGGGUUUCGACGGUUUUGCUCGCGAGGUUUUUUGGGUCCGAUUUGAGUUCUUUCCUCUGUAGAUCGGUGAAUUCACCGGGUGUUUACGAGGGUCAUUGUUGAUAUCUUUCCUUUGUUCGUGUGAAUUUGGCGAUUUUCGGAGACAUUAAAAAAUCUAGGGUUAGGGUUUUGUCGAAUUUGGGGAUUUUGGGCCAAAGGUGGGAUUUAGCACGAUUACAUCAACAUAUCGCGUUUCUGUCUAUUGCUUCGUCGUAAUUCGAGGGAUUCUGGACCUAGUUAGGGACCUGCUGCAUCAAUUGAAGAGAACAAUUUGUUGUGAGUGCAGUUAAAAGAUGGUGUUGAAACGCCCUCUUGAUGAUGGUGAAUCAUGUGAAGAUUCCUAUAAGCUACCAAGACAAGAGGAGCAUAGUCCACUACAUGCUUUACCUGGAAUUGAUUCUUCUAAACAUUCUUUUGUGCUGGCUGAGUCUCCAGGUGAGGAGUGGUCAACAAAGAGAAACUUGGAAGUUGAUCAAAAGCUCAUUGAUGAUAGCAUGACAAAACCUCCUAUAAGCAAUGUGGAGGAUGCACGUUAUAGUGAAGAAUUCCAACUAGAAGGACGUUUUCAAGCAUCUUACGCUCCUGAAUAUGUCUCUUCUAACCAUCCGCCUCCAGCUUUUAGUCGUCGUGAUGAUAUCUAUUCUUUACUUUUACGGCAUCCACCACAGAAACCAGUUCCCAUUGGAUCAGAUUAUCAAGCUGACCUGUCACCCUGGAGCCAACAGGAUGACAUGACCAAUUCAGAUAUUAUUGCUGGAGAUGAAGAUGACAUAAAAUUUGCUGGAACUUGUGUAAUUCCAUUGCCUGAUUCUGACGUAUAUGAUAACUAUGACGACAAAGUUGGAGCUGGUCGUGCUGGUUGUAGCUGCCUGGAUGAAGGUUCUGUGAGAUGUGUUAGGCAACAUAUCAUUGAAGCUAGAGACAUGCUCAGAAGGGAACUUGGAGAUGAAGGAUUUGUGGAGUCUGGAUGCCAGGACAUGGGAGAACAAGUUGCUGAGAACUGGAGUGAUGAGGAAGAACAAUUGUUCCAUGAAGUCGUCUUCUCCAACCCAUCAUCUAGGGGCAGAAACUUCUGGAAUAGUUUAUCUUUCAGAUUUCCUUCACGAACUAGAAGGGAAAUUAUUAGUUACUAUUUCAAUGUUUACAUGCUCCAGAACAGGGCUGGACAGAACAGAUGUGAUCCAGUGAACAUUGACAGCGAUAAUGAUGAAUGGCAGGCAAGUGAUGAGGAAGAGGAGGACUCCAUUGUUGAAUCUCUUGAACAUGGGGUUGGCCAUGGUUGUGACAGGAACAUGGAAGAAAUAAAUGAAGUUGACGAGGAAAUUGCUGAAGAAACUUGCGAAGGUGAUGAGCAUGUUACUCUGAAAGUGGGAGAGUUUGUCUCUGAUACUGCAGAAGCAUGCUCGAAGGAAUGGAUAGAUAGUCCGACUUCUCACCUCAGGAAUAAAUCUUGGGAUGACACGGGAGAUCAAGAUGAUUCAUGUACAUCUUUCGAUAGCUUGCCUGCCACAGCUCCGGAUACCCAGUUGAAGCGUGAAAAUGGGGACCGCUUGCCUAAUAGCUUGCACAGUUUGAAUGGGGGUGGUGGUCAUCAUGACUAUGUCUUGGAUACUUGUGAUACUAAGUUCUGGGAUGCUGGCUAUAUAACUUGCCCUAAAACGGAAUUUGAUCUCUUGCCCACUUGCAGUAUGAUUGAAGAGGUAUUUGGAGAUGGAUCUUGGAACUGUGAGGCAGAUGAGAAGGGCUUUAGCUAGUGCCUAGGUCAUUGCUUGUGAUGACUGAGCCAUUUUAGACAAAUGUUGCCACCAUGAAAAAUAGGUCGUUGAAAAUAGGAACUGUCCAAUUUUCCAUGGUAUAAUUACCAUAAUGGAAGUCCUGCUUUCUUUGUAAGAUAGAGAUAGAUGGUCAGCAGGUUUCACUUGUUAAGGUGAUAAAUUUUUUUAUUUGCCUCUCUCAAGGGUGAUCUUUUUAAGCUGCUUUCUUGCUGUAUAAUCCCUUUUCAUCUUCCCUUCAGUCUAUCGUCGACUAUUUUGUAGGCAUUUCGCCUUCAAAAAGAGAUCAUUGGCAGAUCUCAGACAAACGUAUAAUGUUCCAUGGUGUAAUUGUAUAGCUGCUUUUGUGAAUGGAACAUGAUACGCUUCAUUAUUCCCUCU